CAGCAGUCAGUCGCAACAGGUCACACAUUGGCGGAGAAGUGUGGGUGUUUCAGUUUCGUAAUGGAGCAAAAUAAAAACGUUACAAAGUUAUGUUAGAAAGUGGUGUGUGUGGUGCAUAUUUUUAUGAUAACGAAAAACUACCCCUCUUCUGUAUAAUUCUAUUAUGUAUUAAUGUUUUAUUGACAAUUUACAUACAUUUUCGACAUUUUUAAUGAUUUAUUAUUUGUUAAAAAUGUUUUUACAAUUAAAUUAAAUUCAAUAGAAAACAUUGGUCCUUAAAAGACAGCAAUUUAAUAUUAAUUUGGAAAUUGUUACAAAUCACAAGACUUUUGCUGGUUUUUUUGGUUAAAAUAUUAAAUAUGUGUUCGUAGGUGGUUGUGUGGGAGUGUUGACAAAAAGUGAUUAACAAAAGUAAAGAAUAUUGUCCUUUUCAAUGAUGUUUACAACGGCAAUGUUCUUAUAAUUGAAAACAUCAUCAACACUAUAAUGUUUUGUCGUCUGCAUCACUGGUGCCUCAAACUACUAUAAAGUAACGUUCAUCGUUGGACAGGAAAAUAUCGCCAAUUUGUGGCAUUCAUCAUCAUCAUUAUUAUAACUCAUACCAUCAGUAUAUCAUAAUUACUAACAUGUUAUUGCCAAACAAUAUUGAUUAUGAUUAUUUAAUGAAAUUUCUGGCACUGGGAGAUUCGGGUGUAGGAAAGACAAGUUUCCUUUAUCAAUAUACAGAUGGACAAUUUCAUUCGCAAUUUAUCUCAACAGUGGGCAUUGAUUUCCGGGAAAAAAGAGUGCUCUACACUUCCAGAGGUCGAAAUCAUCGCAUACAUUUGCAGCUGUGGGAUACAGCGGGACAAGAGAGAUUUAGAUCCCUUACAACAGCAUUUUAUAGAGAUGCCAUGGGCUUUUUAUUGAUUUUCGAUUUAACUAAUGAAAAGUCUUUCUUAGAAAUAACAAACUGGUUAGAACAACUUCGAAUUCAUGCAUAUUCCGAAGAACCGGAUGUUGUUCUAUGUGGGAACAAAUGUGAUCUGGAUACAUAUCGCGUCGUAUCUCGGGAGCAAGUGACUACAUUUGCUGAACGUUACAAUUUAACAUAUAUCGAAACUAGUGCGAGUACGGGUUACAAUAUUCGUCAAGCUGUCGAAUUACUCGUUGGUCGUGUAAUGGAUCGCAUGGAGAAUUCAGUAGAAAAUUCCGAAUUGACUCGUUUAAUGACUCAAACCCGUUUAACAAGUUUUCAAACAUUGAAAUUAGCCCUCCAAAAAGACCAAGAAACUGCGAACGAUGCUCGAAAUGCGAACAAUACUUGUGGUUGUUAAAUACAUAAUAUUAGUUAAUGGUUUUUGAAAUGUCUUCAUGAUUUCGUACAUUCGAAUAUUUUUGAAACAUUCGAAACUAUAAAGACCUCAAUAUUUUUAAUGUUGUACAUAUUUUAUUACUGACACCAAAGAGCUGCUAUUGCCCAAUAAUAAAAGACUGGAAAAAGAUGAAUGUCACGAUGGUGUCAGGUAUAUACAAAUGUAUGUAUAUAUUUGAUCGGUACUCACCGAUUGACACUUCAACAGAUACAAUAAUUGUUUAAUGUUAAGAUUAAUAUUUAUGCUGCUGUUUAAUGCAAUAAUGUUAUUUCAUUGCAACGUGUUGUGGUUUUCCAAUUUGGAAAAAAUAUAUGUAUAUCAAAUUAAUGUUAUAGCUGUUUUUAUUCGAAUUUAUAUCAUUGCCUAUAAUUCUUAUUACUUAAAAAUGACAAAAUGUUACCAUAACGGUUCACAUACAUAAUAAAAAAUAACUUUUUAACAAAUUGUUUAUCAUCACCUUGCCAUUUCUUCAGUGCAAGGUAGAGUAUUUAACACAAAUUGUAUGUAUAAUUUUAUUUAAAUAAUUCGUAAGUGUUUUAUGUAUAUUCGUUAAAAUUAUAUAAAAUUAAAAGAUUUGUUUAAAUAAAAUAUUUUUAUUGUGUA